UUGCAAUACUCCCUCGCUUCUCUCUCCUCCCUUCGUUUUCUCUCUUUCUCUCUCUCUCUCUCUCAACCCCAACAUUUUUGGGACCCUCCUUUCACCUUCCAUUUUCGUAUGCGUUUUCUCUCUUUCUCUUUCUCACACCUUUUCUACCUUCUUCUUCUUCUCAUAACUUUUUCUGAGAUAUUAUUAUCGCUAACUUUGAAAGCUCCCGUUUCCAUCUUCCUAUUGCUUUUGCCUUCUUAAUCGUGUCUCUGAAGAUCUAUCAAGGAAGUGAAGCUUGAUUUAAUCAUUCAUAUCAAGUGAAAAGACCUUAUUCUCUGCAAUAAAUAAUAAGGAUUUUGCAAAUGCUAAAUUUUGUCCGGUCCAGAAGUCAGCCAAGGGCAGGAGCUAGACCUUUACCAAUGGGAGGCUUGGAUUAUGCUGACCCAAAAAGGAAAGGCAAUUUUCUUGGAAAAGUUUUUCUUGCUGCUGGAUUAACAGCAUUAUGCAUUAUCAUGAUCAAGCAAUCUCCAUCUUUGAGUUCCACUAGUCCGUUUGCCAUUCGUGAACCUGGGGUAACUCAUGUUUUAGUAACAGGCGGUGCAGGCUACAUUGGUUCACAUGCUACGCUUCGGCUUCUGAAGGAAAAUUAUCGUGUCACUAUAGUAGACAAUCUGUCACGAGGAAAUAUGGGUGCCGUCAGAGUUCUUCAAAAUUUAUUUCCAGAACCAGGAAGGCUUCAAUUUAUAUAUGCUGACUUGGGAGAUCAGACAUCUGUUAAUAAAAUAUUUUUGGAGAAUAAGUUUGAUGCUGUGAUGCACUUUGCUGCUGUUGCAUAUGUUGGGGAAAGCACUGCGGAUCCUCUCAAGUACUAUCACAACAUUACAUCAAAUACAUUGUUGGUAUUAGAAGCUAUGGCUAAACAUGAUGUGAAGACAUUGAUAUAUUCUAGUACAUGUGCAACGUAUGGUGAACCUGAAAAGAUGCCCAUUACGGAAGAAACACAGCAGGUCCCAAUCAAUCCGUAUGGGAAAGCCAAAAAGAUGGCCGAAGAUAUCAUCCUUGAUUUUUCUAAAACUUCAGACAUGGCAGUAAUGAUUCUGAGAUACUUUAAUGUGAUUGGAUCAGACCCUGAGGGAAGACUAGGUGAAGCUCCAAGACCUGAACUACGAGAGCAAGGCCGAAUUUCAGGUGCCUGCUUUGAUGCAGCUCGUGGUAUUAUACCUGGCUUAAAGGUUAGAGGCACGGACUAUAAGACAGCCGAUGGAACUUGUGUGCGAGAUUACAUUGACGUAACUGACCUUGUCGAUGCUCAUGUCAAGGCUCUUCAAAAGGCAGAAUCUGGUAAAGUUGGGAUCUUCAAUGUUGGCACUGGAAAGGGUAGAUCAGUGAAGGAGUUUGUGGACGCGUGUAAGAAGGCUACAGGGGUGGACAUUAAAGUCGAAUACCUCCCUCGUCGCCCUGGUGAUUACGCUGAGGUAUACAGCGAUCCGACAAAGAUUAGAAAUGAGUUGAAUUGGACUGCUCAGCACGCGGAUCUUCUAGAGAGUUUGAAGGUUGCAUGGAGAUGGCAGAAAUCUCAUCAUAACGGUUAUGGUGUUUCAAAUGCAGUGGUUUGAAUCAUUUAGAGAUCUAACAUAGCAGAAAACUAGAGAAGAAACCCCAGCAGCCUCAUAUGUCAGCUGCACUUACUAGUUACUAUUGCUAUCUUAGAAGAGGGGUUAUCGUUACUACAUACUUAUUAUUAUUAUUACUAAUUUUUUCUUCUUUCUUUCUUUCACUCUACAGUGAUUUGGUAUUCAGUAGGUGGUUGUUAGGGAAUUAUUAGUCCAUUCGUUAUAUGUAUUAACCACAUAAUAUGAUUCAAUAAUAUAAAUGCCCAGCCAAUGGUAUAGUUUUUUUUCACUCUCUUAGCUUUUGAUUCUUACCUUCUCAGUUGUAUAAUAACAAUAAUAAAUUAAUAAUACAUUGCUGCUAGUAAAUUAUAU